AUGUGGCUUCUCGAUAUUAUACUAGAAUAUGGAGCGCCAUUCUUCCUUAUUACCGCGCCCAUCACGUCCUAUGCCGACCAAAUCCACAGCAUCUAUAAGAGCAAGAACUCUGCCGGCUUCUCCUUGGACAUUCCUUUGAUCAUGCUCAUAGCAUCGAUUUUCAAAUUUUUCUACUGGUUCGGCUCAUACUAUGCGACUUCAUUAUUCGUCCAGGCCAUCAAUAUGAUAUUCGUUCAAUUGGUACUACUCAAAAUCGCAUUGACCAAUAGACCGACUCCGGGCGCAAAGGAUAGCAUCGAGCAUACGCCAUUCAGUGGGCAGCGUCAGGAUAAUAUGCUUAUGGGGUUCACGCGUCCAUACAACUUUUGGCGCUGGAGGAACGAAAAGCCGUACUGGACAUUCCUGGGCUACUUCACCGGCGCCCUUUUCGUCAUCCACGUCUUUCUCCCCUUCAUCUCCCAAACAGAGACCUACACCAACCUCCUCGGCGUCGCCGGACUCACCGUCGAAGCUUUCCUUCCCGUUCCACAAGUCCUCGCCAACCAGCGCUCUCGUUCCUGCAAAGGUUUCCGGGUCUCCGUCCUGGGAUCUUGGCUCCUCGGUGAUGUAAUGAAGAUGAGUUAUCUGUUCUAUACGAAGGAUAUUAUUCCCCCGGCAUUCAAGUUCUGCGCCAUCUUCCAGUGCAUGUGUGAUAUGUACUUGGGUGUUCAGUAUCUGAUGUUUGGCACGGGGAAGGCUGCUUAUGCGGCGACGGCGAAUGGUGACCGAUGGGGUGCGAAUGAGAAGGAUAUUCAUCUGGGUUGA